AUGGAUAGUCUGAAAAAAGAGGUUGACCGAGUACGGUCGGUGGUUUCCCGAUAUUCUAACCGGGAGGUGCGGGAGAAAAAUCGUUUUUUCGUUAAUUUGACCUCGACCGAUUCGGGUGCUCUUCACGAUUCGACUAGUUUCAUGCUUCUGUCGGAGGCGUCUGUGGCGGACGUGAAUUCAAGGUUGGAGAAACCGGUGACGGCUUUGCAAUACCGGCCAAACUUUGUUGUGAAAGGACCGGCCGCAUACGAGGAGGACAAUUGGAAGUGGAUUAAGAUAGGCGAAACGAUCUAUCGGAAUCUGAAGCCGUGUACGAGGUGCAUCUUCAUCAACGUGGAUCCGGAAACUGGAAUACCCAGCACAAACUCGGAACCACUAAAGACGCUCAAAACGUACCGUCGACAACCGGGCCUUGGCGAUGAUCCAGCUCGGCAGCUACACACAACCACGACAGCCUCAGUGGAGAUCGACCGCGGUCUCUGA